CAUCACACGACUCCGCAGUUAAUCUCGUAGUCAUCAACCAUUCCAUUGUCUGUGAUUGUCAUACAAGGCGAUUUGUACACUGCUUUGAGUACAUGUCAGAGUCUAAUCUUUCUCAACCUGACCUUAUACUAUCAUGUCAAUGACGAUCUUAUGAACAGAUCAAAUGCCAGCUUUUCAAGAACGUACCUGACCACGAGAAACUAUCGAGGCCCGAACUUGCUAAGAGUCGUUCUCGGGCGACAAACCGAACUCGCAUCUGCUCUUGCCGCAAACGAAGCGCCAUCGGUGGCACGUGCAGCAAUGAAGUCCAGUACGCAGGGGCAGGAUGACUUUGCGGUAUAUGGCCCACCACAAGGAAGCAGCGACGAAGAGGGGUUUGAUCUCACCGAAAAACCUACAAAGACCUCCACGAACAGCCGUACCUCUCUGAAACGUCCCUCAAGCACAGCUGCUGCCUCUAGGUCGAAAAGGAGGAAAGGUCUCGCAGACGAACCUAGUCUCGAGAUACCGCCCGUACCGGAAGCAGAUGCGAUGGCUGAUCUAUUCCUUGAACCCAAGUUCAAGAGCUCACAGAAGAGAAAACUACAACAGACAUAUGGUAACCGCAGCUUCCGGAAACCUGAGACGAUUGAGCCAAGGAAUCAGAAGAUAGGUGUCGAGCAAGGUUUCGUCGCAUAUGACGAGGUACAAAAGCAUGACACUGGCCCCGACACCAAAGACGAGUUCCGUGGUAUAGCUGCGUUACCUGAAAAGCGAGUGGGACGAGGCGUGCCCAAAUUGAAAGACAAUCUAGAUAUUGCAGAUUUGCCGGAAGCAUUACCGGUACGAAAAGGUACAGGGUUCCGUAUACCCGUGCUGCCAGAUAUCACAUCCUCUGCAGCAACUUCAGCAACAGACGCCGCUUCAAUUUUUGACGCCCCGCUCUCGCCCGACAAGCUACAGCGGAAAAGAGCAGGUUCAACGUCAUCUCUAUCCUCCGCGGACUCUAUGUUCAUCCUGGAAAACCAGGCGGAGCUUCUCGAGGUAUUUGAGCCGACUGAUGCAGACACCUGUUGUCCAGUGUGUCAGAAGCCGGUGAAAGACUCCAUGUCGUUAUUUGUUCCUGACAAUCUGCAAUCACUAUCGUUCAAGCAACAGCAAAAUUUCUGCACCCAACAUCAACUAGUCGAUGCGGAAGAGCUAUGGCGCAGGCGUGGCUUCCCCGACAUCAACUGGAAGGAAUUGGAAGAGACUCGUGUACCCGACCUGUUACCCCUACUGAAGGAGAUCAUAAAUCGACAAAAGCCAAGUUUCUACCUCGACGAACUUGACAGACGCAUCAAAGCUGCAAGAGGGAACCGAAAGACAAUCCACAAAUACCUCAAUCACGGGAUAGUCGAUGUGGCCAAGCAGGGAUACUACGGUCCUAAAGGAGCUCGAAUCAUGGUCACUGCGAUUACACAAUCGCUUACAGACACUCUGAAUAAGGCCCUGCAGUCGGACUCCGUCCUUCGAGCGGCAGGUGUUGGUGGAUACCUCAGUGCGGUACUAGUGCCAGAGUUGACCUUGCAGCUGGUCAUGAAAGACAUGAAACUGGAACCGGACCAAGAAACCGAGGGAAGGAAGAUUCUUGAAGAGAGCACAACCAUUGGCGAUUUGUUAAGUCCCGAUGAUGAGCGUCUCGAGAGGGAGGAUGGUGAUUGAGGCUUUUGAAGCCUUGUUGUUGAGCUGGCAUUGCAGUUCACGAUUUUCUAUGGUCUAUAUCCGUCGGAAUAAUGUGUAUAAAUACCUUUUUGAAACAUACUUAGGCCGGCAAAUAUUGUGGAGAUCACCUGAGAGAUGUCCUAUGGAUAACCUCAUAGUUGAUCAGCAUACAUGGGGGCUUAUACGAAAAUAUAUGCGAGUUCAAGUUCAAAUGCCACGAGGUUUGCACUACC